CGCUUCACCAUACAAAACCUAAAAUAUGACCGGACAGCGCUGCAGCCGCUCACCGUUCUCCGCGCAUGCGUACACAACGGCCGAUCGAUGUCUUAGGCCAGUAGCCAUCAAGCCGUCGAAGGCAUCAUGCGUUCGCACUGACGCGGGAACCGCCAAGCUGUAUCUCCGAGAGUACGCCGGCGACGAGGGGCCGCCCUGUCGGGAGGACUGGCGUCGCCCGCAGGAGUGGUCGGGCCAGGCGCGCGGGCGCCUGCCGCAGGUCGACCGCAGCCCCUCCCGGCGGAGCCCCUACCUCACCAGAGAUGACGAACCCUCCCCAGCCCCCGACGAACGGGGGCGCUCGGCCUCCGCGGGCGCCCACCAUCGCGCGCGCCCCAGGCCCUUACGCUACCAAUCCCUGGAGAGAGACUACGACCGCUCGUACGCCCCUCCGCCGCCCCCUGAAGAUGACUACUAUGACAGACGCCGCGAACCACCUCCGCUGUUCCUUGGCGAACUGCAAUCCCAGAAUUCUGAUCUACAACGGGAAUUGGGGAACCUUAAGAAGGAACUGGAAUUGACCAAUCAGAAGCUGGGCUCGAGCAUGCACAGCAUUAAGACCUUUUGGAGCCCGGAGCUGAAGAAAGAGAGGGCGCUGAGGAAGGAGGAGAGCGCGAAGUACAGCCUUAUUAACGACCAACUGAAACUGCUCAAUCAGGAAAACCAGAAACAAGCCAUGCUCGUCCGCCAACUAGAAGAGGAACUGAGGCUCCGCAUGAGACAACCAGCGCCGGAGCUGCAGCAGCAGAUGGAACAGCUGUUUGCGGAGAACGAGCACUUGCAGAGGGAGAUAGCGAUAUUGAGAGACACUAUCAAGGAACUAGAACUGAGGAUUGAAACGCAGAAGCAAACGUUACAAGCCAGAGAUGAAAGUAUUAAGAAGUUGCUUGAAAUGCUGCAGAAUAAAGGAAUGGGUAAAGAAGAAGAGAGGCAAAUGUUCCAACAGAUGCAGGCAAUGGCGCAAAAACAGGAGCUCAAGGCGACGGCGGACACGCUGCGGGCGCUGCAGACGCAGCUGGAGCGCGCGCUCGCGGCGGCGGGGCUGCCCGGCGGCUCCGCGGGCGCCACGCUCACCGCCGUGCUGGAGACCAAGGAAGCGCGCAUCGCCACGCUGGAGCGCCAGGUCGCGUUGCUCGAAGGCGAGCUGGCCGCGCUCGUGUCGCCGCCGCCGCCCUCGCUAGCGCCCUCGCACACCUCGCUUUUCGAUAAAGCUGAACCUCCCUUCAAGAGACAAUUGGACGAGUUCCGGUUGGAGAUUCAGCGGCGCGACCAGGAGAUCCUGGCGAUGGCUGCGAAGAUGAAGGCCCUGGAAGAACAGCAUCAGGAUUACCAGAGACACAUAGCCGUCCUGAAGGAGUCACUCUGCGCGAAGGAAGAACACUACAGCAUGCUACAGACCGACUUUGCUCACCAGGUUGAAGAGCUAAAGGCCCGUUUAGAUGAGAAAAGUAGGAUAGUGGAGAAGAAAACUGCCGCUGCGUUAACAGCUGUGCAUGAGUUGGCAGAGCUCAGAGAUCACUCGGAGAUCAAGGAUAGGAAGAUCAACGUGCUGCAGAGAAAGAUUGAAAACCUCGAAGACCUUUUGAAAGAAAAAGAUAAUCAAGUGGACAUGGCUAGAGCCCGACUGAACGCUAUGCAAGCCCACCAUUGUUCCUCUGAAGGCGCACUUUCUUCCCUCGAAGAAGUAAUCGGAGAUAAAGAAAAGCAAAUCCAACAAUUAAGAGAGCAAAGAGACAGAGCCGAACAUGAAAAGAAUGAAGAACGGGAGCUACACGAACGGGAGAUAGCUGAAUAUAAAAUGAAACUACACGCGUUAGAGAGUGAGGUUGAAAAACUUGGGGCGAGACUUGAAAGAGCACAAGCUGAGAAAGAUAGACUUGAAGCGAAACUAGAGAGCUCUCAGUCAGAAUUAGGGAAGUCUAAAGCGGAGUUGGAUAAAGCAGCAAGUGAAGUAGGAAGAUCUGGAGCUGAUUGGGAAGCAGCGAAACAACGUUUAGCUAGACUUGAGCUGGAGAAUGAAAGGUUGAAGCACGAGCUUGAAAGAUCGCAGACAACGUUUGGUAGAAGCACUUUGACCACUUCUCAAGAGUUAGAUCGUGUUCAAGAAAAAGCAGAUAAGUCGGCUGCAGAGUUGAGAAGGGCUCAGGCAGAGUUGAGAGUCACUCAGGCAGAUGCGGAAAGGGCCCAUUCCGAGAACAGUGCCCUUCAGGAUAAACUUGAAAAGUCUCAGGGAGAAGUGUACAGGUUGAAAGCCAAACUUGAAAAUGCACAAACUGAACAGGAUAGCUUGAAGGAAGAAUAUGAUCGAAUCCAAUCAUCAAUAAGCCGCUUACACUCCGAGCGAGACAAAGCUGUAGCCGAGCUAGACAAAGCUCGUGAAGAACUCGAGCGGACCCAAGCUACCCUGGGCAAGGCUCAGCUGCAGCAAGACAAACUGCAAGCGUCCCUAGACUCCGCUCAUUCGGAGAUCGAUAAGCUGCAAGAGAAGCUGGAUAAGGCUGCCGCUGAGAACAGAAAGCUGCAAGUAGACCGCGAGAAGCAGGCCUAUGAUUUCGAGUCCCUCCAAUCGCAACUGGACAAGGCCCUGGGCCAGGCUGCUCGGCUACAGAAAGAGAGAGACACAGCUCAGUUGGACGUCGACAGAUACCGAGACAAGCAUGACAAAGCACAGGCUCUCGUAGCCCGUAUCCAGAAAGAGCGGGACGCAGCACUGGCCGAUGCCGCCAGCUGCCGCGAGCGAGCGGAAGCAGCCGCCGCAGCUGCUAACAGAGCAGCUCGUGACCGCGACAGUGCUGCCACUGAGCUGGAUGUCCUUAGAGAGCGGUGGGAGAAGGCGCAUCAGCAACACCAGAAACUGACUAUGGAACGAGAUGACGCCCUAACAGAAUUGGAAAUCAUGAAGGAGAAACUCGACAAGGCACUGUACUCCUCGCAGAAGACGAUCGAAGAGAAAGAGACGGCGCACAAAGAAUACGAGAAAAUGCUCGAAAAGUAUGAUAGAUCUCAAAAUGAAAUAUAUCGUCUGCAAAACAAGAUAGACAUUUUAGAAGCAGAUAAAGAUCGCCUUGAAUUGGAACUGGAGAAACAUUCACAUUUAGCCACGAAAUUCAGAGACGACCAGAGGAAAUUGCAAGAUGAACUAUCUAGGUUGCAAGAAAUGUAUGAUAGAGCUUCUUUGCAAUUAGGCAGGACUAAAGAACAGGAAGAAAAAGCUAAAGAAGACAUGGAUAGGCUUAACGUUGACAUCGAAAUGGUUAGGGAGCGAUACGAAAAGAGCCAGAUCGAACUUAGGCGGUUGCAAGCAGAGAAAGAGAAGUUAGUAGCGGAUAAUGAAAGACUUCAAUUCGAAUAUGAUCGUGCUAUGACUCAGUGUGGCAAAGCACAAGCCUCUAAUGAAAAGACCCAAGAAGAAAUGGCCAGAGUACAAAUUGAACUCGAGAAAAUGUAUGACAAACAUGACAAAGUUGCUUCUGAACUUAGAAGAGUACAAGCCGAGUUAGACAAAGUUAAGCAAGAUGCAAGUGGUGCGAGGGAAGAAGCUGAGAGGUAUGCAGCACGCUACGGAAAGUAUCAUGAUACUAAAGAGGAGCAUGAGAGGACUAAAUUGGAAGUGGAGCGUCUUCGCGCGAGGUUAGAGAAGACUACGCUUGAGUUGGAGCGAGCGCGGAAAGCUGAUGAAGAAGUUUCCCGUCUCCGGUCAGAACUAGAACGUGUCGAAGGCCUACGAGGUAAAUACCAAUUCGAACAGGAUAAAUGGACCAACGAAUUAACUCGAAUGCAGGCAGAGUUAGACAAGCAACGUGAAAGAUACGAAGUAGCUCAAACAGACAUUCAACGUCUGCAGGCUGAGAAGGACCAAGCAGAAACGAAGCUACACGAACUGAAUAUACAGUUAGAAUUGUCAAAGAGCGAAGUGACUAAAUUAAGUGGGGCGUUGGAGAAACAAAGAACUGAUCUUGAACGGGCUCAUAUUGAGUGCGAGAAGUUCAGGGACCGAUGUGAGAAACUUAAAUUGCGUUCAGAACAGCUGGAUAAGGAUAAUGAGAGACUCAAGGGUGAAUUGCAGCAAAUUGAAAGGAUGAAGUUACAAGCAGUUGCAGGUGAUAAAGCUAGGACUGAAGAUAGAUUAGAAAUCGAACGUCUCCGAGACAAAUUGGAAAAAGCAAUACAAGCUAGAGACUCGACGGAAAUGGAAGCAGGUCGUUUAGCCAAGGAGCUUGAGAAGUCUCAGAUACAUCUUGCCAAAUAUCAAGAAACCAAUGAAACAACUCGAGUAGAAUACGAAAGAAUGACGAACGAAUUGGGUAGAAUGCACGAGCGCCUUGAACGUACUAUACUAGAAAUGAGACAGAUAGAGCAAGAGAGAGAUGCAUUAAGAGCAGAAAUUCAGAAUACGAGACGCAAUAUUGAACAGCAACAAAGGACGUUGGACCACCGAACACAAGAAACGUUAGUUAAAUUACAGCAGGAACUAGCUCAGUCAGUGCGGGACAGAGAAAAGAUGGCCUCAAUAUUAGAACAAAGGGACAAACAAGCAGAUGCUAUUGAAAAGCAGAUAGUAAAGUUAGAAUCGGAUACAAAACAAUUGACCAUCGAACGUGACCAACUAGUAGCUCAAUUAGAAAAGUCCCAAGAUAUGUUAGUGAACUUUCAGAGAGAACUAAACGCGUCAGAGGCUGAACUGCAAAAGCAGCGUGAAGAAGUGCGUCGAUUGAAAGAAGAACAGAGGAAAAUGGCUCAGGAUUCCGAACGUGGCACUAAAACCGUCCUUGAAACUCGUGACAGGGAGAUCGCUAAACUACAGCAACAAGUCCAAGUGGUUUCUAAAGAAAGGGAUACUAUUAGACAGCGAGCUGAGAAGGCAGAGCAAGAAGCGAAGAAAGUCGGAGAGAUUGAGAAAUGGCGUGCCGCAGUGGAAGCUGAGAAAACAAAAGCUAUCGCUGCGGAAAAAGCUUUGUCUGAAUGUCAACAGCGUUUGCAAAGCGUGGAGAAACAGUUCCACGCUCAACAACAGCAAUUACAUCAGCUUCAAGCGCGGGGCCCGUCCGACGUACGGGAAGUUCAGAAGCAGCUCGAAGCGGCUCAGGCGGAGGCGCGCGCGCUGGCCACCGAGCGCGAGCGCUGCCAGGCUCAGCUGGAGAUGCUGGUCCAAGAAUUGGAGAAGAGCCAGCUCGAUCUUCACGAAGCGAACAAGAAACUUCAGUCGGCUGGCGCUCAGAACGCAAAAGCUGGGGAAGACACAGCCCAUGCUAAACGCCAGUUGCAAGAAGAAUUUAAGAAGUUGGAAGACGCGAGGAGACACUUCGAAGAGCAGAGAAGAACUUUUGAAAACAAGAGGAAAGACGUGGAGGAGAAGGAGAAGUCGCUGACGGAAUUAGAUCGACAGUUAAAGAAGAGGAAAGAGCAAAUGGACCAAAUGGAAGCAUCUUUGAGGAAGGCCGGCGGAAGCACAGCAGCGGUGACUGACCUGAACCGCAAACUGACAGAUUCUCAGAAGGAAGCAGAACAGCUGAAACAGCAGAUGGAGCAGAGCAAAGAAGAGGCGAAGCGGCUCACAGCGGAGACAGAGAGACUGUUACAGUUGGUGCAGAUGUCACAAGAAGAGCAGGCGCAGAAGGAGAAGCAGAUUAUGGAUCUGCAACAGUCUGUGAGAAACCUUCAAGCCAAACUGAAAAGUCAGCAACAAGCACAAGCACAAAGAGAAGAGGAACUGAGCCGAGCGAAAGAGAACGAAAUAGCAGCUGUAGAGAGACAUAAAAUGUCACGGAAAGAGAUAAACGAAUUACAAUCAAAACUAGAAGAGAAAAAAAUGAAACUAAUUGAUUUAGAGAUAGAACUGAACGAAUCGUCACUAAUAUUAUCUGAAGUGCUUAAAAUUUCUAACAAUCCUGAAAUUUCAAAUAUACAGAGAAGCAAAAGCUUUUUUGAAUUACAGAAGAGUGGUAAGGUAGUGGAUAGGCUUGACAAAUGCAGGUUUAGCAGGAGCCAUAAUGAUAUUGACCUUAUGGAGGAACGGCCAGAGGCAACGUUCGGAAAACUAUCAAGAAAAAUAUCCGACUUAUCGAAAGAAAUGUCAAUAAAGAAUUCCAAAAUAAUAGAACAGCAGAGAUGUAUAUCAAUUUUAGAAGAUGCUUUGAGAGAAAAUAAUAAUAUUGCUGAGUUUGAACAACUUCUGGCUGUGGUAAGAAGUAAAGAUGAGAGGAUAAACGAACUGGAACAGAUUGUUAAUAAAAGAAUAUUAGUGCCGGUUGAAUUUAAAGAUAAAAGAAUACAAGAGUUGGAAGAGGCUCUUAAAGAAUCAAUCCUGAUUGCUGCUGAACGUGAGAAGGUUUUCUAUGAGGAAGAACAGAGGCGAAUCGAAACUUUGAAAAAGAUGAAAAAGAUGGAGCAGCGUAUCAGAUCGUUGCAAAACGCUUCGGCGCUGAAUUGCGAGACGUGUUCAGCGAUGCUAAAGCGCUUCAAGCAGCUGGAAGAUGCGUUGCGAGACUGUCAAGUGAAGAGAGAUAACAUAUUGCGGCAAUUAUCGCAUUCUAUACAAGACAUCUUAGAAUCAUCUAUCAGUGAGAAAGACUCGCACAUAGCAGAGUUGGAGAUAAAGGGAGUGCUGGAUGAGAGCGAGACGGCACGAUGCGACGCGCUGAAGGAAGAGAGAGACAAACUGCUCAAUAGGCUUAAACUUGAGAACGAGCGGCUAGUGGAGCUGCAGAGGGACGUGUACCAGGAGCCCAAAAAGCAAGGAGAGUGUACAAUCCCCGUGGACCUCACAUUGGCCGACAACGUCAUAGCCGUCUGCGACGAUAAUGUAAUUGUUUGGGAGGAGGACAUCCCCGCAACAGUGCUCUGACGCCAAAAAGCUAAGUCAAAACCUAAAUGUGUUUGUGGCCUUAGCCUCAUUUCCGCACUUGUCACCAUAUCACCCGCUACCUUACCAACAUCAUUGCUUUUCACUCCAGCAUUUAUAAGUCAGAGUUUUAUUACAAAAAAAAUUCGCCCGCUUGCAAUUUCCGAAUUCUGAACGUGUUUCUUCUUUAAUAAAUUUAAAUUUAGAAUCGUGCCAUAAGACCAAAGACUUUUUUUUAUUAAUUCUGUAAAAAUAAAUUGUUUUGUUUUAUUUUUAUCGUUUUCUUUUUUCAAAUCCCUAAAGUUGAGGGUUGCCCUUUAUUUAAGACUGAGGUCUCCAAAUUGAAUCUAGGUGAAUGAUAUUUUUUUAACUGAAUCGAUGGAACCAAUUAUUUAUUAUUAUCUCUACUCAUACUAAUUCUUGCACUUGUUAACAAAAAUGUAUACCUAUUAAAGCAAUAAUUUUAAUCUUACCAAUACUCUAGUUAAACAAUGCUCGGUGUCUAUUUUUAUCUCUAGUCAAAUCUAUUUAAAGAAAAAUUAUAUUGAAAUUAUUUAUCAUAAAUUUAUUGUUUGUCCUAAUAUUGUAAGUACACCGUCAAUAUAUCUAUAGAAUAGGUCUACCUUUUCGCUAUGUAAGUCAUAGCUCUCCCGUUUAGAAUUUAUUUUACGUUAGUACAAAGAUGUUAAAAUUUAUUUAUACAUGUUAGAUGCAAUUAAAUCAAUAGCUAGUUAAUUGUAAUAAUCUAGGGAAUAUAGUAAAAUUGUUUGCCUUUCAAAGCUAUCAGGAAUUCGAAUGUUUUCCAAAACAUAUCAUGCACAAAAAUGGCGACAAAACGGACGGCUGGCAUAUCAUAGCUCCUAAACUGUCCUUAGAUGAUUGUAAUUCAUUAAUGGACAAUUUUGAAACGCUUGUACAAUUACAAAUCACUGCCUUACAUUCUAAGUAAUUUAAAUGAGCUAAUUUGUUGAGCGAGAACAGAAUGCGAGGGAGACACGUCCUUCCCCGACGACUGCUGACGAUAGAAUGAAGCAAAUUGCAAUUUAACUUCCGUUACGGCAGCUAUUUUAAAACUACCCACUGAAGCAUUAUGCAGUUAUUGUGAGCUUUUUAUAACGUAUUUACAACAGUAUUGUAUUUUGUGAUAAAAUAGAGAACAAUACGAUAUCCAAUUUGUGAAAAAUAAAAACGUAAUAUAUUUUUAACUUCCCACGUUAUUAAUAAAAUAAUUUAUACGUCUAGUUAAGUAUUUAGUUAAGCCACAUUUUUACCACGCUUGUUGCUGUUUUAAGCAAUUGUUUUUUAAUGAAGCCCAAUUUCAUAAAUUGGAUCAUCGCCCAUAGACACAUCGAACAUUUUUUUCUUGUAAUUUUUAAGGGACAAUGGUCUUAUAACCCCAUGCCUAAAGCCACAUUGCUCUUGUAAUUGGUGUUUAGAUUGACGUUUCAGUUGUAUAUCGAUUCAGGUUACGCUCUGGCUAGAUAAAAUCACUUAUACGACAAAAUACUAUUCAUUAUACUUCAAGGUUUAUUUGCAAUAAAUCAGGCUGAAUCAAACUUACUACCUACAUAAAUUAUAUUAACAGGACUUUUUUUAUUUAAAGUUGCUGACGUUUCAACGAACUUGUAGUCGCCGUGGUCGAAGCCAGACUAUGACUACAAACAAGGUCGUUGAAACGCAGCAACAUUAAAUCAAAAAAGGUUCGUGCUAGUCCUGUUAAUAUAAUUUAUGUAGUUAUGUGUUCAAAGCGCGUUCAAAGUUUAAAAAACACUAUUGCAAACUUAAUAGUAUGGCUAAAUAUUUAAAUUUUCACUUCUUAGUAAAUUACCAAUCACCGAUUAUAAAAGUGAUACGUGGCGAAACCGUUGUCCUUCUUCUCUUGUCAAUGAAAUAUAACAAUUGUCUAUGUUGAAUUUAUACACUAGAGUGUUGGCAAUUAACGGCUUUUUUAUACACAAAAACGCUGAUGGUAGUUCGUAUUGUAUGUAGCCAGGAUGUCUAGAAAAGGCGCGCGGCGUGACGUCAAAUUAAAAAAAUAUAUAGAUAUUUCUCGUUGAUUUUAAUUUUUAUCUGUAUUUUUCCGUGACGUCACGCCGUGGUAUUUCGUAUUGUAUUUGUAUGGAUUCGACGUAGUGUUGUCGGAGGUCACAAUAAUUAUUAUGGUAUUAAAGUAAUAUUAGUUACUUGUUACAUAAUAUUAUAACGGUGUAACUGUGGGUUUGUUUGUCACGUUGACCGGGAUUAUUAAAUGCUGAGAAUAUAAAUACAUGUUCUUUGAAAAUAUAAUAUCUUCAUAUACGAAA